GAGAGAGAGAGAGAGAGAGAGAGAGAGAGAGAGAGAGAGGAGAGAGAAAGAUGGCUACUGCAUAUCGACGGGCAAGUAUGGAGAGAAGAAGCUGGAACUAAUUUCUAGAGAGGGAGAGAAAAGCAGCAGUGAUGUCGAAAACGAAGGAUUUCCUGAUUCUUAAUUCGCAGAAUGAUUCAAAAAUCGGAGAUAAAAUAGCAAUGCGAUGCCCUCAAAAUGUGGCUGUGGCCAGGCCGAAACUGGCUGACAUCAGCAACUUGCCGCAGAAACCUCAGCUGUUAAUUCAACAUGAAAAGUCACAAUCUAUUCCGGUAACUACUAAAGAGUAUAUUGAACAGCUCCAGAAGGAAAACAUGGCUUUGGCUAAGAUGGUGGCGCAAAGAAACAAAAUCAUUGAACAGAGUGGAAUAGAGCUAGAUAGGUUGCGGGUAAAUAUGAUUAAAAUGCAGGAACAGAAUCGACAACUAGCUCUGUCACACACCCUAACCCUUACGGAACUAAAUUCAGGUAAAGAUCGGUUGAAAGCAUUACAACACGAGCUUGGAUGCAAAAUUGGUCUGCUUAAAGCAAGAGAAUUGCAAAAUCAGGAGGAGAAAGCUAGUACGAGACCACGCCAAAAUGAAAAUGUUGAGGUAAAUAUACUUUUAUUUACCUUAUUUAUACUCCUAUUCUAUAUAUUGACCUGGAAAUAUGUAUAUGUUUAUAUGUAA